AUGAAGUCUCUCAAGAGAGGUCUGGCAAAUGACCCGAAUGCUGCCAACAUUGCCAGCAAAGUCUUCAUCCGGUCCACCAGAAACGGCCGGGUCCAGAAAGUUGUCAAGGAACAAUAUCUAAGAAAGGACAUUCCAUGUUCCUCGGAGCUAUGCUCAACCUGCGCCUCGACGGCUGUCGCAGACGCCAAUGGAGUUGUCCCAAAGUUUGUCCUUUCGAAACGUCCAAUUGGCACCAAGGCUUUCCCAAAGGGCCACUACCUACUCCCAGAUACCAACGUCUUGCUCAGUGGAAUGGAUGUAUUUGAAGAGGCAGAACACUUCCAUGAUGUUAUAAUCCUGCAAACAGUCCUAGAAGAGUUGAAGAAUAGGAGUCUCCCUCUCUACAACCGGCUGAUGGCCUUGACGAAAAGUGAACAAAAGCGCUUCUAUCUCUUCUUUAACGAAUUUAGAGUCGAGACUGCGGUCAGAAGGGACGAAAGCGAGAGCAUUAAUGACCGAAAUGAUCGUGCGGUGAGGAGAGCUGCCUCUUGGUAUAUGUCCCACCUGUCAAAUGCUACAAGGAGCGCUCCCGCAAUAGUCGUUCUCACCAACGACCAGGAUAAUAGAACCAGGUCCAAGAAGGAGAACAUCAUCGCCCUUUCUCUACGAGAAUAUGUGUCGGGGCUAAAUGACUCUGACAGACUUCUUGAUAUGGUAACCCAAGGUGCAGAUGCUCGAGACAAUCGUGCUGCGCAGGGCGAGUUGUUCUAUCCAGAAUACUACUCCAUGUCCAGGAUGAUGACGGGUAUCAAGUCUGGGACAUUGCAUCAAGGUGUCUUCCAUGUCUCCCCAUACAACUACCUGGAGGGGACAGUGAAGGUGUCUGCAUUUGACAAACCACUCUUGGUUCUUGGGAGAGAGAGCAGCAAUCGUUCAAUAUCUGGAGAUCUAGUUGUUGUUGAAAUCCUCCAGAAGGACCAAUGGAAGGCGCCUUCUACGCAAAUCUUGGAUGAAGAAGCAGUGAACCAGAACGAAAAUGCCGAAAACGAAGAGGCGGAAGAGGCUGUUGUUACCGAGAGAGAACGGCGUACCCUGCAAGAAGAAGUAAAGCGAGCACACACUGCUGGUGCUCAAACUCGUGCACAACCCACCUGUCGAGUAGUCGGUGUACUGAAGCGAAAUUGGAGACAGUUGGUAGGUACGAUUGACGCAACUUCCGGAAGUGGAUCAGGUCAACGGCAAACUACAGUCUUCCUCAAUCCAAUGGACAAGAGGAUACCGAAAAUUCGAAUAAGGACUCGACAAGUCGAUGAGUUGAUCGGAAAGCGUAUCGUCGCUGCAAUUGAUUCUUGGGACCGCGAUACGAGAUAUCCCAUUGGCCAUUACAUCCGAUCGUUGGGUGAGUUGGAGACAAAAGAAGCCGAGACAGAAGCACUCCUCCUUGAGUACGAUGUUCAAUAUCGUCCUUUCCCCAAAACCGUCCUUGACUGCCUCCCAAGCGAAGGGCAUAAUUGGAAAGUCCCAUCAGAUCCCUCUCACCCUGGCUGGAAAGCCCGCCGCGAUCUGAGAGAAUUGCUGGUCUGCUCAAUUGAUCCACCAGGCUGUCAAGAUAUUGAUGAUGCCCUACACGCUAGACCUCUGCCAAAUGGAAAUUUUGAGGUCGGUGUGCACAUUGCUGAUGUUUCACAUUUCGUCAAACCGAGCAAUCCCAUGGAUACCGAAGCCGCAGCACGUGGUACCACCGUGUAUCUCGUUGACAAAAGAAUCGAUAUGUUGCCAAUGCUCCUUGGUACUGAUCUGUGCUCUUUGAAGCCAUACGUUGAACGGUAUGCCUUUUCAACCCUUUGGGAGAUAACACCAGAUGCCGACAUUGUGUCUGCAGCAUUCACAAAAUCGGUUAUCUUGUCACGUGAAGGAUUUUCAUAUGAGCAAGCACAGAAACGUAUCGAUGAUGCCAGUGCUACCGAUGAUCUGACUCAGGGUAUGCGGACAUUACUUGCGCUUUCCCAGAAGCUUCGACAAAAACGAAUGGAUGCUGGCGCUUUGAACCUGUCCAGCCCUGAGGUCAGAAUUGAGGCCGAUAAUGAAUCUUCGGAUUCUCUUGCAGAUGUCAAAACAAAGGCACAUUUGGCUACAAACUCCUUGGUUGAAGAGUUCAUGCUUCUCGCCAAUAUCACUGUUGCCAAGCAAAUCCAAUCAGUUUUCCCACAAACAGCACUGCUUCGAAGACAUGCCCCACCACCGGCAUCAAACUUUACAGAUCUAUGCGAACAGCUGAAGAAGAUGCGUGGCCUAGAACUUGACGUAUCAAGUUCGAAGGCACUUGCUGAUUCUCUGGAUCUAUGUGUAGACCCAGAGCACCCUUUCUUCAACAUUUUAAUCCGAAUCAUGGCCACGCGAUGUAUGACCUCGGCCGAGUACUUCUGCAGCGGAUCACACGCUGAGCCGGAGUAUCGACACUACGGCUUGGCGAGCGAAAUAUACACCCACUUCACCAGCCCUAUUCGACGAUAUGCCGAUCUCCUGGUUCAUCGACAGUUAGCAUAUGCAAUUGGAUAUGAUGGGGAAGGCAGUGAGAUCGUCGACAAUGAUCUUCGCAACAAGGGAAAAUUAGAGAGAGUCUGUCACAACCUCAAUUUCCGCCAUCGAAAUGCGCAAUUGGCCGGCCGAGCUAGUAUAGAAUACUAUGUUGGGCAGGCGUUGAAAGCGCGAGCUGAAAAGACCCCCAAUGCGGCCAUAGACGUGGAUGCGUUCGUCCUACGGGUCUUUGAGAAUGGAGUCGUUGUCUUCGUCCCACAGUUUGGAAUUGAAGGGCUCGUCCGGCUCGAAGACUUCGAAGCGGUCAACCGCAACAACACCGAGGGUGCCACGAAACCAGAGAGCGAAUUUGACGCAGACAAUUAUCGAUUGACCGUGACAGAAAAGGGGCACGAGAAGAACAGUGUCUCGGUAGCGUUAUUCCAACAGCUGAAGGUUCGAGUGAGCUCUGAGGAGAAAGGAGGUGCUCGAGAGAAAGGAAAACGGAAAGUCCGGGUUGUUGUCUUGUCUCGACAGUAA